AUGUCCUCAGCAGCUUCUGAUACAUCAUACGCAGCAUUCAAAGCGUCUCUGAAUGCCCCAACAUCUCGAAUCUAUGCUCAGGUUCCUAGCUCACAGUACUUCUCUACCGGUAAUGAGUAUCUCAACAGCUUGGACACGACAGAUUCCUUCCAUCGCGCAGUAGGAAUGCGGCACUUUGCUGACUCCGACUUCUUCAACCCUGGAAGCGACCCGCGCUUUGAAGCAGAGCUACAAGCAAGCAUACUUGGUCAGAAUGAGGAGAAGGUAAACGAACAUCUUGAUCGGUCCUUAAAGAAAGUACAUGUGAUGGUCAAAGAGGGCAAAGAAGCAAUGCGAGACGGCGGAAAAGUAUUGCGACGGCGAUGUCGGCGGGCCAACCUCAAAGAAGAGACAUAUGAGAAGACGACUGGGGAGGGAGAGACGAGGAAGAUUUGCCAAGGUCAGGAACAGGCGUUCACGAGGCCUCGUAGGGAGCCCGAUCCAGAGAAGAGACAUUCAGCGCUAAUCCGUGACAUUGUAGAACUGUUGGACGCUGACGAAGUUAAGGAGGGUUUGAUAACAGAGAAGAUUCGCCGAAGUGUGAUCGAGGCUAUGGAGUCACGAAUUGGAACAUAG